AAUCUAGCGACUGCGCAGGCGGCGGAGUCCGUUAUGGCCGCUGCGGUCCUGAGGAGGAUGAGGGGAGCCGAGCAAGCCAAGCUGCCUCCCGGGCGGGGCAUCCAGACACCUGGAGGGGUGGCACGGCCGCUGGUCCUGGCUCUCCUGCUGGCGGCCGCCGCCAUGUCCAGCGCUUCAGCACAGACUAAUUCACUGAACCAAACUAUACUCAAGACAAAUGUUUCUGCUGCAAACACAAAUGCUUUAACAUUUGAAAACCAAACCAAAUCAUCUAUUUCCCAAAUCAGUACCACUCUCCCUCCCACAACUAGUACAGAGAAAAUUGGAGGGACAUCUGUGGCCCCUCAUCCCUCGCCUACUACUUCUCUGGCCCAAGAAGAAGCUGGCAACAAUGAAGAUCCAAGCAUAGAGGAGGAAGAUCCUUUCAUGCUGAAUAGUUCUCCGUCCACUUCCAAAGGCACUGUGGACAAUGGCGAUUAUGAAGAACCUUCAGAAUAUGACUGGUCCACCAGCUCCACCAGGGACGAUAAAUUCCCUGAGGCCUUGGAAGAAAACAGGCAUUACAUGGGAAGUGAACAGUCAAUGAGAUCUUUUAAGACCCCAUCUUCAAAUGUAGAAGAGGAAGACAGCCAUUUCUUUUUUCAUCUUAUUAUUUUUGCGUUUUGUAUUGCUAUUGUUUACAUUACAUAUCACAACAAAAGGAAGAUUUUCCUUCUGGCCCAAAGCAGGAAAUGGCGUGAUGGCCUUUGUUCCAAAACAGUGGAAUAUCAUCGUCUAGACCAGAAUGUUAAUGAGGCAAUGCCUUCUCUGAAGAUUACCAAUGAUUAUAUUUUUUAAAGCACUGUGAUUUGAGUUUGCUUAUUAUGUGAUUUUAUUUGCUUGACUUUUUUAUAUGAUACCAUAUAGAUGUUUGUCAUAGGCAAUUGGUACUUACAUGAGAGGUGGAUCUCUCUUUAUUUUGCCUUGGUGCUUUGGAAAUUCAAUGUCAUGAACAAGAUAUAAUUUUUUUACCUAUACUUUUAAAUUCAGUCAGGUUUCCAAAAUGUGGAGUUAAGCAUUAUCUGUUAGUUCUGAUUGUUUUCUACUGUACUUUUGUUGGAAGUACUAGCAAUGCUAUUUUUAAAACAUCCCAAACUUGUAACUAAAUUCUAACUUAUCUGGCCCCGCUGUCUCAGAUUCUCUUUCUGCCAUCCAAAUACUGUUUCUUAAGCACACAUUUGUUUGUGCUUCUAAACUAUAAGCUGUAAGGAUGUCUGUAAUAAUGCUUUACAUAUAAGUAAAAUUUUUUCAGGAAAAUUGAUUUUGAUAUUUUUGGAUAAUUUAAACAUAAUAUAAUGAUAUUGCUCAAUUUGACUACAAUUUUAGGUAACACAUUAAUAAAUGUGUCUAGAAAUUCUGACAAUAGGGAAUCUGCAUUUGCAGUGGACAUAGUUAAACUGUUAGAAAUGCCAGUGGUAGAAAGAUAUCCUUUUUUGGUAUAAAUUACUGAAUUAGAUUUAGAGGUAGAAAUUGUGGUAAAAUAUUAAAUUCAAUUGCUUUUAGUUCACAGUUGAUUAUAGCAUGGGUUCUUCCAAACUUAAAAACAAAGGGCAGAAUUUAAAAUUAUACUGGGUGUGUUCACUUUAUUAUUUUAUAGUAAGUUUGAAUAAAUCUUAGGGUACAUUAUCACUUAAAUAAUACUCUAUCUAGAUCGUGCAAGUUAAAAUUAUACCUAAAUGAAGUUUGUAUACAGAAAGGAUCUGUGUGUACACUGUCCCCCCUUGUGCUUGUUUUAUUUUUUAAUUUUUUUAACAGCAACUGGAAAUUAUUUACUGUAUUUUAUGUUAGUCUCUAUUUUUUAAGAAUUGAUGUAAAUAUGUAAUUUGAACCAUGGUUGACUUACAAAUGUCACUGCAACUUUUUAGAAAACGUGACCCCUAAUAUAUGUUAAGGGCCCACCUACAAAGCUUAGGUGAGCCAGUGGGCAUGUGGUUUGUGUAGACAUGGAAGAAGCAGGCUAGUCCGUUUCUCUCGGGUGGGCACUUUGCUGCCCUAACAAGGAAGGGAAGCACAUGGAAAUGCAUCGGAACUGUUUUAUUGCAGUAAUUUUUUUCAUAUCUGAAAUUGUAUUAUUUAAUAUUUUGAAUAAGAUUUUAAAAAAUAAAUGGUAAAGAUAUAAAUCCAUGAUUUUAUGUGUG